CGCCGCCUUUCGCCGAUGUCAAAAAGAGUCCAAAAGAAAGCAAAACCCGCAAUCGACGCUUGAUUUCAGUGAAGAGGCGAAGAAAAAGUGUUUAAUUUUUGUGUAAUUCCCGCGGGUUGUUCCUCUCGAAAUGACCGCCGACGGUAGUGAGUCCACGACGCGAAUCAAAGCCGAACGCGGCCGCAGCCAGGACUCGGACGGGGACGCCUUUGUGAGCCAAAACAGCAGCAGCGGAACGCCGUCGAAGGAGGGUGCGGGACGUGGUCGGGGGGUUAGGGGAAAGCUGGUUUUCGAAAAGGACAAGGCCAGCUUCCUGCAGGACCUGCAGCUGUUUCACGACCGGAAUGGGACGCCGUUUAUGCGACUGCCGAAGAUUGGAGGUCGGGACGUGGAUUUGCACCGGCUGUAUUCGGUGGUGGUGGCUCGGGGUGGGUGGUUAAAGGUGAAUUCCCGCGAAGAUUGGGAUGAGAUAAUUGAGGAGAUGGCGCUGCCGAAGCGUUGCGUGAACAACGAGAUCGCGCUGAAGCAGAUCUAUAUCCGGUUUUUGGACAAGUACGAAAAAGUCAAUUUUCACGGUGAGGAGAAGGAUCCGACGGAGGAGGAGGAUGACGAGAAGCGGCACAAUCGGCGGUGGUCAGCGCGGAUGUUGCACUCGGUGCCGGCGGUUUACAACCAUCAGCAGCAUUACGUGCCGGAGGUGAUGCGGGGACAGUUGGGGAUGUCCUGCGAGUUGUACAAGCAUUCAGAGUACGACAAGCUGAUUUUGUCGCUGUUGUCGCCGCUGCCGAACGAGCAGGACUUCUCGAUCAACGUGUGCACGCUGAUGUCCAACGAGAGCAAGCACACGCUGAAGGUGGACCGAUGUCCGAAGCUGAUUACGGUUCUGCUGGCGCACGCCGGAGUCUUCAACCAUUUCUCGUUGCGGGAUAUGUUUGACGAGUAUUACGCAAACAUCCGGAAGAACAGCUUGCACCGGUUCUGGAAGGACUGUCUGUACGAAAAGCCACAGGUUCUGGAGCUGUCGUACUCGGACUACUUCCAGAAGCUGGAACGGGAUCCGACGAAUCUGAUCAAGAAUAUCUACGGGGAAGACCUCGACAAAGACGAGGACUGUGGCCAGCUUGAGAUGGGAACGCUGAGGUCUUUUCUGAGCUUGGGUUCUGGACUGGGCACCAACGACUACAUCGGACAACGGAUUCUGCAAAUCGCUUCAAUAUUCCGGAACUUAAGUUUCAACGAUGAAAACAUCCUGGUGCUUGGAAAGCACAGGCCAUUCCUUCGAUUCUUGAUCAUGCUGUCCAACUCCAGGUGGGGUAAUCUUCACCACAUGGGUCUCGACAUGUUGGGCAACGUUUCCGUCGAAAUUGACAUCAACGAUCCUCAGACGGACGAGAUAACGCGUAGUCUGCUGUCCACGCUUUGGGAAGGACUGGAAGGAGACGAUCGUGGCGUCAUCAUCAGCUGUCUGGAAGUGCUCAGCAAAAUUGCCCAAAAAGAAAGCAACGAAGACAACCUGAACCGCUGCCUAAAUCAGGAAAUCUACGACCAAAUCUGCCGAUAUCUUUCGCUGAGCGACAUCAUGCUUCUGCUCUACACCCUGGAAUGCAUCUACUCGCUAACCUCGAUGGGCGAAAAGCCGUGCAACUCUAUCAUGCACGUCACCGGAAUCAUCGACACGCUCGUUUCCCUCGUCACCGUCGAAGCGCAAAGUUACGGCCCGGACGCGUGCAUCCUCAUGCGAGUCGUCGAAACCAUCCCCGGCAACCUCGCCGGAACCUACCCAGGUAACCAUUACCACAACACCGGCCCUGUCCCACCACCGCAAGCACCGAGCAUGGCCCAACUCACGGUUCAAAACAAGGAACAACCUCCCAUCCCCCUCCCCAACAUACCCGCCCUCCCAGGACUUCCCGCUCCCCCAAAAUCCGCAACUCCACCCAUCUCAACCGCACCAACCCCCGUCCAAGUAACCAGCGCAACCCGCCCAGUCACUUCCCAAUCGCCCCAAAUCCCAGUCAACGUCAUCCCCAAACCCCCCUCAACCCCAACCGCCCCCACCCCCCCAUCAACCACCCAACCCACCACCGUGGCGGCCAAGCACGCCCUCCAGCAGCAGUCCCAGGAGAACGAACAGUUUGCCCUGGCGUGGCUCCGCGCCACCUUCGAGCCGACCCCCUCGCUGGCGAACCGCAUCGAGCAGGCCGAACUGUACAAGCUGUAUCUGGCGGCGAACGCCAAAAUUGGCCGCAAAGCCGUCGUGCCGCAGGUGCACCUGCCGCGCUGCGUGCGCACCGUGUUUGGCGGGACGGUGGGACCGACGCAGGUUAAAAGUCAAGCGGAGGGAGGAGGAGGGGCGGAGACGGUCAGCUUUUACUACGAAGGGAUUCGGUUGAAGGCGAAACCGGCGGUGGCGACGGCGGGAGGAGUGACGUCGCAGAAGGUGGUGCAUCCUCCAACCGUAGACAGCUCCCCGAAAACUUCUGCUAACAGUAGCGCACCCAAGGCCGGAGAACAAAAAUCUAACCAGCCCCCAGUAGACACCUGCAAAUCCCAAAUCUCAACCUCAACAACCGCUACUAAUCAACCCCCAAAGCUGACAAUCCCCGCGUCGGCGCCUAUGGCCAAGCCACAAUCCGUAAUCAAGCAAGCCGGCGCUCACCAGAAGACCGUUCCUACUAACCAACCAAAGCAACAGCAUGCAACAACCCUCGCCGCUAAACCAACUCCGACCGUCGUAGCUAGCAAGCCCCUACAACCUCAACAACAACAACAACAACAACCCAGCUCAUCUCCAGGUGGUGGUGCCACCAAGCCUAUCAUUAUGACCCAAGUUGGGGCUGGUAAAAGCGUGGUCAACUACCAGAAAAGUGUCUGCAACCCGCCGGCCCAGCUGCUGCAGCAGGUGCUAAACUCGAACCAGAGCGGCGAAACCAAGAACGUGAUCGUGGUCAACCAGACGACCAUCUCGCCGCAGCCGUUGGGGACGAUCGUGGCGCCACCGCAGCCACCCCAGCAGACCACAGGCACGACCACCAUCAUGAACCAGUCCGGGACGAUUUCGUCCACCACGACGAACCCGUCGGCGCUGAUCAAGAGUUUGCUCGCGAACAAGGUAACGACGACGACGACGAUGCCGAGUUCCGAGUCCGGCACUGGCGGCAAUCUCGUAGUCGUCACGUCCUCCACUAGCAGUAGUUUGUCGUCUACUACCACUAGCAUCAACCCAUCUACCACUAGCAACUGUUUGAUUGCAUCGAAUGUUAACGUGCAUCAGGUCGCCCAACGACAGCAGCUUCUCAAGCAGAAACAGCUCAACGCUGCCGCCGCCCAGCUGCCCAACAGCUCCGUCGUGGUCACGUCCAACAGUCCGAACAAUCUCACCAACAUAAAGGUCGGCAACUCGACCAUAUCGAUCAAACCGGGCACGCUCCCAACGAACACGGUCAUCACGGCGACCCAGCAACCCCAGGAGCUGCAGCCACCCCCGCUGGCGCCGUUGAGUCAACCCGGUGGUGGGGCGGUGAUUAAGCCGUUGACUACGAACAAGUUGUUGGCCGAUUUGUUGGACAAGAAGACGAACGAUCCGCCGGUGUUUGCCAUUGGGGAGACUACGGUGAAGCGAAAGAGCGACGUCGAUGGGUUGGAACCGCCGAACAAGAAGAUUGACUUGAUGACUGGGGUUGAGGAGGUUAAGGUAACGCCGAAGGCUGCCGAUUUGUACGCCGAGCUGGCCGGUUCAAUAUUGGAGGGAGAGGAUUUGGAGGAUGUUGAAAUGAAGGUUGUUAAGGAAGAAGUGAAAGUUCAGCCGGCGCCUGCACAGUCGCAGGUGAUUACGGUGCCAAUGCCGAUGCAGCGUCAGAUAAUCAUGAAUCCGAACAAUCCGCAGCAAAUGUUGUUGUCACCGGGUGGGACGGGGCAGCAGUUGACCACACAAACUACGGCUACGAUUAAAACGGAUACGGGGUAUCAAACGGUGCCGAUUAUUAUGCAGCACAAUCAAAGUCCGAUUCAAAUUCAGAAGGCGGCUCCCGUAAUGCAACCGACGGUCAUUGGUAACCAACAGCAGCCAACGCAGUACAUUCUUGCUACCAACCCUCAAGGACAGACGUACGUCGUGGCUCAACAACCGCAACCACAGCCACAGCUACAGCAAACUGUGCUUCUGACUCAGAAUCCUCAAACGGGCGCUCAGCAGAAAACCAUCAUCAUUCUUCAGCAGCAACCUAACGCUGGUCCGCACAUCCAAGGUCAACAGAUUGUUCAAACACAGCAGCAGACGCCGCAAAAGGUGUUUGUGAAUCAGCAAGGACAGCAGAUCAUAAUGACGCAAGUUCCGCGCCAAGUUCAACAUCAGGUAAUUGUCAGCCACGCCGGUACGAACCCAUCUGGCACAGCAACCGUCGUGGGACCGACGAUCGAGAAGAAACCCAUUUACAUUACUACGAACUCACAGGGAAAUACGAUCAGUAUCGACGGCCAAACCCAGCAAAUCAUCAAAACCAAUCAACCGGCAACGCAGAUCAUUCAGCAUCUGGGAGGAACUCCGCAGCAGCAGCAGCAAAGUCAGCAGAUUCAGCACCUUCUUCAACAGAGCGGUUCCCAAACGAUUCAAAUUAUUCAACAGCCUCCACAGCAGCAACAGCAGAUCGUAGCACAACCCUCACAAAUUGUAAUUCAAGCUCAGCCACAUCAGCAGCAGCAGCAGCAAAUGCAGCCUCAAAUCAUUUCGCAACAAAUAAUCCAGCCUGCAACGGUCCAACAACCCCAGAUGGUUCAAAAAGUGAUUCAACAGAAGCUCAUUCAAGUCCCUCAACCUCAACCACAACAAAUUAUGACGAUGCAGGCGAAACAGACCGCACCCGUGCAACAACCUUCAACGAUCACGGUUACAAAGCAGACCGUUCCAGCCCCAGUCGCAGGGACUUUGCCAACUAAAACGAUCAUCGGUACUACUCCGCAAAAGCAAAUGAUUCAGGUGGUUCAGCAGAAGGCGGCCGCUAAUCCGCCGAUCAUUACUAAACCGACUCCACCAAACCAACCGGCAGUUGAACCUGCACACCAGAAAGGUAACACGAACUCGUCAAACACGCCAACUACUUCUUCAACACCUGUCUCCUCUACGACUAACACCACUACAACUUCAACGUCUGAGCCUUCUGCGACCCCUGUCGCGCCAAACUCUCCACAACCCGUAGCAACUCCCACUAAACCAUCUUCCUCAGCUUCUACAACCGCUACCGUCGUCGCCGCAACUCCCACCACAAACACGCCGGUGGCUCCCACCUCCAGCUCCAGCAGCAGCUCGUCGAUCCAGAUGAUCCCGGCGAUGGAUCCGGCCAAGGCCGUCGAUGAAGACGUGGACGCGAGCUGGCCCUGGGUGUGCGACUGGCGCGGCUGUCCGCGCAAGAAGUUCGCCUCGGCCAACGAGGUGUACAAGCAUGCCUGUGCCGUGCACGCGCCCGAGAGUCUCGAAUCCAGCUCGGACAUUUACUGCCAGUGGGGACCGGGCCCGAACCUGUGCGAUAACCUCCCGCGGAAGCGCUUCUCGCUCAUGACACACAUCUUCGACCGGCACUGCACCAGCGAGUCCUUCAAGUCCGCCGUCCAGCGACGGGUGGCGAACGCCACCGCCGGCACGCAACAGCCCCAGCAAGCCUACCCGGUGACGCUGGUCCGCCAACCGGCCGGAACUCCGCCCGGUUCGUCGGCAUCGUCAACGACCUCGGAGUCCGCGCCACUGCCAGCGGCGACUACGACAACAACAACGCAGGGUCCGCAACUUCCCGGGCACAUGUCGGCCGUUGGACCGGCCGCGCUGCAUGCCAUCAAGCGUCACGCCAUCGACUGGGUCAACGCCAAAGAGUUUCAGGAUGAUAUCGAGGGUCCGGUCACGAAAAGUAUUCGACUUACGUCGGCGCUUAUUCUAAGAAAUCUGGUCGUCUACAGCAACACUGCUAGAAGGAACCUGCGAGCCUACGAGCCCCAUCUAGCCGGAGUAGCCAUGAACAAUGUGGAGGCCAGCCGCACUAUUUCGCAGGUUCUGUUUGAAAUGAACGACACCAAUCCGAAUUCUAAUUUUUAAGUGAAAAAAGUGAAGUGAAGUGACGAAUUGUGACAAGUAUAAAAUAUGCUUUUAAAACUAGUUUUCUAUGUUCUAUGAGUGAUUGUAUUAUGGUACACACAUUUUUCAGUUGAAUGUCAAACUUAUUAUAAACAAAACUAAUCGUUUAUCUCAAGCAUAAAUGUACGUUGAACAGUUGAGCGCAAUUCAUUACAAAUAAAUUCAAUUUAAAAGGUA